AUGGAGCCGACGACCGCAAAUACUGUGAACAUGGCGGUGUGGCGACUGGGGAGGCGAGCAAUGCAUAGGCCCUUGCCGCCGGGCCCCAGCCUAGAGGAUAGGGAGAAGCUCACCUUCGACGUGAGAAUGGCGGCCUGGAAGGCUGGAUUCAAAUAUGGAAGGGCCAUCCAGCAGAAGCACCUCGACGAGGCUCAGGCUUCGACUUGUCGCUCCACUCCAUACGACUCUGACUCUGACGCACCGCUGCUGAAGAUGACUGCAGGAGAGUGGAACUGCCUGGCCGUGGUCCUCGAUCAGACGUUCGAGUUGGGGCUUGGGAAAGAUGAAGCAGUGAGGCGAUUCGGGGUCGGCCAAGCAGUGAGGGUAUUCGGGCCUCGUGCAAUUCUCCCGGACUACCCUUCGAGGAGCAGGUUGGCGAUUGAAGCCCGUGGCCGUGUGCCCGAGAGGAAGCACAACCCUGUGCCCAAGGCCAAGCAGAAGCCGGAGGUGGUAAGGGCAGCCGGCAGUGAGGUCUCAGGCGAUCGUGGCACUUCUCGCCCGGAGUCAAAG